AUGAACGAACCAUCAUUACGUCGUUUAGAAUUUGAUCGCGAAAAUAUGCUUUAUGAACUUUACAUUUCUUCAAAUGAUUUAUCUUUAAUCGAAUCAAAACGUCAAAAUCAAAGCGAUGAUAUUAGUUGGCUAAUGGCGUUCGGCAGAUAUCUUAAAACCAUACGAAUGAAUUCUCAUCCAAUAUGUUCGAAUCGUGGUCUCUAUGAGUUUAUUAAGCAUCUAUUGAAUGAAAAUCAUCGAAUGAAUAGAGGAUUACUUCUAAUUCUUAAACAAUGCGUUUUUCUCUAUCCAGACAAACUUCUUGAUUUAUCGUUUCAACGACAUUUAAAAUGUGGAUUAUCGACUGUAUUAGAUGCUUAUCUUAAAUAUAAAUAUGUUCGUCUAUUACGGUUAAUUAUAAAUGAUAUCGAUGAAAAUUUCCUAAAUAAAAUCUUUCCAUCAUCAGAAAAUCUUCUUGAAAACUAUCAUCAAUUGGAUCCAUCAAUAAUAAUUAUUCUAGAAAAAAUUGUUUUAGUUCAUUCAGAUUCAAAUCUUCAAUUAUCAAUAAAUCGAAUAUAUAAUAAAACAUUAGUGGAAUAUUUAAAAUCAAAUGAUUUUGACGAUGAUGAAAUUAUUGAUUUAUGUUAUAUUUUAUUUCAAAUAAAUCUGAAUAAAAAUCUUCAUUGUUUAUUCAACAUGUCAAAUAUAUUUAUUGACUUAUUAAACUAUAUUGAUUAUGAUACUGAUACAAUGAUGAAUUGGUUAUUGACACCAGAAACGGAUAUGGGACGUAUUUUUCUUGAACAUCUAGGUGGGCAACGUAUAUUUUCAUGUGCUCAUUGUGAUACACCAUUAACAAAUCGUAACGAAUUAGUUUCAACAAGAUUCACAGGUUCAACUGGCCGAGCUUUUCUAUUUAGCCGAAUUGUUAAUACAAAACAAAGUCUUGUACAAGAACGAAUGAUGUUAACUGGUCGACAUUUCGUUCGUGAUAUCAGCUGUAAAAAAUGUGAUACUAAACUAGGUUGGAUGUAUGAAUUCGCUACUGAAGAUUCACAACGUUAUAAAGAAGGACGAGUCAUUCUUGAACGUGCAUUGAUUAACGAAACUGUUGGAUUUUAG